AUGGUGAAAUUCAUGAAGAGUAAUGAUUGGUGGUACGCGUCAGGAGAAAUCUGUGAGUUUCAUGGCCGUGAAAAUCAGCGCACCUCCCAAGAUGAGCAUACCAGAUCACAUAGUAGAGAGAACUCUUAUGAAUGUAAGGAAUGUGGAAAAGCCUUUCUUAAAUUCUCCAGACUUACUCAACAUAUGAGAUUUCACAGUGGAGAGAAGCCUUAUGAAUGUAAGGAAUGUGGAAAAGCUUUUAGUCUGCCUAAGAGCCUUACUAGACAUAAAAGACGAUUUCACCCUGGAGAGAAAUGUAACGAAUGUGGGGAAAUCUUUAAUUGUUCCUCACAACUCACUGAACAUACAAGAUCUCACAGUGUAGUAAAACGAUACGAAUGUGAGGAAUGUGGGAAAACCUUUCAUCUUCAGACCGAGCUCACUCAACAUAAGAGAACACACAGUGGAGACAGGCCUAGUGAGUUUAAAGAAUUUGGGAAAGCCUUCAAACGCCUCGAGAAACAUAAAAAAACACACAGUGGAGAGAAACUUUAUCAAUCCUUACUAAACAUAUACGACUUCACACUGGAGAGAAACCGUAUGAAUGUCAAGAAUGUGGGAAAGCCUUUAUUUGUUCCUCAAAGCUGA